AUGUUUUAUCACAUAUCUUUAGAACACGAGAUAUUGCUGCAUCCUCGGUAUUUUGGACCACAAUUACUGGAUACUGUUAAACAAAAGUUGUACACGGAAGUUGAGGGGACAUGUACUGGAAAGUACGGAUUUGUAAUAGCAGUGACAACAAUUGACAGUAUAGGAGCAGGACUUAUCCAGCCAGGUCAAGGCUUUGUUAUAUAUCCUGUUAAGUACAAAGCUAUUGUUUUUAGACCUUUCAAAGGGGAGGUUUUAGAUGCAAUAGUUACUCAAGUAAAUAAGGUUGGAAUGUUUGCACAGAUUGGUCCCUUGAGUUGUUUUAUAUCACAUCAUUCUAUCCCAGCAGACAUGGAAUUCUGUCCCAAUGUGAAUCCCCCAUGUUACAAGAGUAAACAGGAAGACAAUGUCAUACAAGAGGAAGAUGUUAUAAGAUUGAAGAUUGUUGGCACAAGGGUGGAUGCCACCGGAAUUUUUGCUAUUGGGACUUUAAUGGAUGACUAUUUGGGCCUCGUAACACAG